GUGGUGAAAGCAGGAAAAAACUGCGCGAUGUUAAUAACGGGUAUUAAAACGUCGUAGAGAGCGGCAAUAAAAGCGGGACCCCUCGCUCCUCUCCGCUUCUCCCCUCACGGCUCCUCUGUGUUGCAGAGCUACGAUGCUGGGACUCUGCGUGAUCUUGGCAGUGCUGGCUCGCACCGUCGCGCAGGACGCGGAGGAACCUGUCUCCUACACGUGCACGGACGGCUAUGAGUACGACCCCGUCAGACAAGUGUGCAAAGAUAUUGAUGAGUGUGCCAUUGUGGCCGACGCCUGCAAAGGGGGCAUGAAGUGUGUGAACCACUUCGGCGGCUACCUCUGCCUGCCCCAGAACGCGCAGAUCUUCGUGAGCAGUGGCGAUGAGCCCUCUCAGCCCGCUGAGCCCAGCGCACCCGCCAACCCUCCCCAGAGCCCGGGCCAGGGCCAGAGCGAGGUUCAGACACAUGUUCAGCCAGGCCGGGGUCCGGGUCGCAGGGUGUCGUCUUCUAGGAUUCUCCGCUGCACGCCUGGCUUCAUCCUGGAUGAGCAGAACUACUGCAGAGAUAUAGAUGAGUGCACUAGAGGAAGGCACACGUGCAGUGCGGAUCAAAUCUGCUAUAACACCCGAGGCUCCUUUCUUUGCCAGUGUCAGCCGGGCUACCAGAAGAAUGGUGACCAGUGUGUAGAUAGAGACGAGUGUCUCCUGUCUCACUACUGCAUGCACAGAUGCGUGAACACGCCCGGUUCGUACUACUGCGAGUGUAACAGCGGCUACCGGCUUGCCAGCAACAACCACAGCUGUGUGGAUGUGAACGAGUGUCAGGUCAGUCAGCCGUGCGAGCAUCAGUGCCACAACCUCAUUGGCUCAUUCAUCUGCCAGUGUAACCGGGGCUUUGAGCUGGCUCCGGACUCCGUCUCCUGCAUAGACAUCGACGAGUGCGCCUACUCUCCCUACAUGUGCCAGUACGCGUGCAUCAACACCCCGGGCGAAUAUUCCUGCACCUGCCCUGAUGGAUACCAGCUCCAGGGAACAAGAAUGUGUCAAGACAUUAACGAGUGUGAAACAAGCCACGAAUGCACCGAGGAGGAGAUGUGCUGGAACUAUUAUGGAGGCUACCGGUGCUACCCCCGAAAUCCCUGCGAGGACCCUUAUGUGCGCACGUCGGAAAACCGAUGUGUCUGCCAGCCCACAACUGCAUGUCGCGGAGGUCCACAGUCCAUCGUUUAUAAGUACAUGAGCAUUCACUCGGAUCGCACUGUACCAGCAGACAUCUUCCAGAUCCAGGCCACCAACAUCUACCCCAACACGCACAACACCUUCAGGAUCAGAGCCGGCAACGAAAAAGGAGAGUUCUUUCUGAGGCGUUCCAGUAACGUCAGUGCAAUGCUGGUGCUGACCAAGUCCCUAGAGGGCCCUCUGGAGCUGAUCGUUGACCUUGAGAUGAUCACUCACCACACCGUCGCAAACUAUCGCACCAGCUCGUUAUUACGGCUCACCAUCAUCGUAGGACCGUACGCCUUCUAAUGGUCACCAUAACCGCCGCUUCACAUGUUUAAACAUAUCCAGUACGCUACAUUCUAGCUCCCCACUGCAACAAUGGCGAGACAUUACGAACUGCUUCAUCGGGUGCGAGUUGAGAGUCUUUACGGUCUUAAUGCUGAAAUCCAAAGACAGCUGUAGUUGACCCCCCAGCUACUUUGGGAACAGCUAAACAAGUAUGUUGAUCUGGAAGCGGCCCACAACCGUGUACAAGUUAGAAAGCUAACCAAAAUAGUCUAGAAACCUCCAUAGUCUUAAUGGUGGAAGCGCAUUGGACAGGUCCAAGACAGGAUAAGUAAGUUAUGAACUUCUGUCAAAGAACGUAAGGUUGUGUCUCCCAGGCGACAGGGAUUGACGCUAUAGUUGAAACCCAGCCGCAAGGUAUAGCCGUUAAAUGGUGUAGGUGCUUGUUUCCUCAUUGAAGUUCAUGCAAAUAAAUCAUACAGGUUAAAAAACAUUUUUAGGUUUUACAUUUACGUCAUUGACUUAUUGGCAAUAAAAUCGACAACACCAAUAUUUGGCUAGUCAGAGCGUCUCAUGAAAAUGUGCCACCAAGUCUCCUGCUUGUUAUGUCCUUUGAGCUAUCAGUAAUAGGAAAUGCAUGAAUAUGAAAUGAAUAGUAAACCCAUGGAUAACAUAUUUCAAAAGACAAUUCCACCAAUUUUUCAAUCGUUCUGUCCAGUUCAGGCAUCAAAACAGCCAUUCAGAGUGGUUUGAUGUGCAACGGUUUACUGUGGGGAAACUUACUGGUUUCUUUACAGUGGUGAUAGGAAACACGUCAAGAUAUCUACGCAACACGUCUUCUGAGUGUUUAUGUAAAGUGUUGAUGAUGGUAAAAUGGUAAAGUUUUCCGUGGGCACUAUUUUUGCCUUAUAAUGCCCUACAUGUACCUCCCCACAAUAAAUGGAGGCCAAAAUCUUGUCUCAAAACUAUCGUGAAAGGCAUCAGGCCGCGCAUUAGUUACCAUUUAAUUUAGUGCCUAUCUGUGAGGAAGCUUUUAGAGGUGGACGUCUGGUUCCUAUCACCGCCACUGGUGAACAAUUCUGACUCUACGACAACACAUUUCACAUCAAACCAGUCUGAUUGACUUUCUUUACAUCUUACAAAUGGACUUAUCCAGAAAUGCUGGAAUUUCCUUUUAAGUUCACCCUGUUUAGGCAUAGCGCACUGGACAUGAGGGGGGGGGCUAACUCUUCAGCACCCCCUGUCAGUUCCAGUGUUUUUUGCCCCGUCACUAUUGAGCAAGACGUUGUCAGUCAUCAGGACUAAUAAGGCGAAGUCGUGUUUGGGGGACAAACUGUUAGUGUUGAGGUAUUCUCAAAUCUACACAAGCGCUUGAUGAAAGAGUUAUCCGGAGCUGUUUAUGUGCUUGGAAGAUUCCACUUUAAUAAACCCAGAUUAGUUUCCUAUUCAUUUGAGCGCCGCUCUUUAACUACCCUCAGUGGCAAACAGGCAACAGAACAAAAAAACAAAAAAAAACGGCCAGGAAAUGAUGGCAAUGCCGCGGUCUGGCAGAGCUUAUGAGUAUUUCACACAAAUGGACCGAAUGGGCUAAUGCAGUGGAAAGCGUUUGAUAUUGGUUCCAGUGGGGUUACCCUGGAAAAAGAUCUGCUUAUGUUCUUGAUCCAAGACGUAAAACAUAGCCAAGCAUCGUCGCAUGCACUUUGAGUGUUUCUAUUGACGAAUCCAGUUCAGCACAGCCAUAACCCACGCAAGAGUCCAUUGUUUUAUGGCUAUAUUACAACCCUUUUCAUGUACAGCGCUGAUGAAGUGGAAAUAACCUACUUCAAGUAGUUACAUUCUGUUUUUCGCUUCUAAAUCCAUAAUAGCCACUGGUCUUCAGUCCUAACAUGAACAUAAACACAUUUUGUCUUUAAUCACUACUGUAGAGAACAUGUAGCCCAAUUUCCACAGUCUAACACGCCGUGUCUUAUAUAUGACUACAUUAAUAACUGCAAUAGCUGCAUUUUUGUAUAUUCUCAGUGCCAUUCAGUUUAAAAAAAGGCUCUAUGCAGUUGAUCUUCUGAGAUGCUCUCUUUAUUUAAAACUGGUUUCUUACGUAAUCAUGAAUGUUUUGUAUUCUGAAGAUGGAUGAGGAUUGUUGUAAAGAAAUAAAGAUUAUAUUUAAGAUUAA